AUGGGGGAACGCCCAACGUCACCGCGCUGGGACGCGAGUACGUCGUCAUCGUCGUCAUUAUCGUCGACGUUGAUUCCCUUCCCGCCGUCCGGCACCAAGAAGCCGUGGGAGCAGUAUACCAUUGUGCGCCGAUUAGGGCGUGGCAGUUUCGGCCAAGUGUACGAGGCGUUCUACACCCCUACCUCCCAAUUGGUCGCUGUAAAGCAGAUCUUACUUGAGUCUGCUUCGCAUGGCCAUGAUGACGAGGCACAAACACAAGACUUACAAGAGAUUGAGCGUGAAAUCGCGAGUCUAGCGCAGUGUCAGGACUGCUCGCGCGUUACGCGGUACUUUGGGAGUUUUGUGAAGAGGUAUACAUUGUGGGUCGUUAUGGAGCUGAUGGACGGUGGGUCGUGUCUCUCGCUUUUGCAGCGUGGUGGGCCACUGCCUGAUCCUGUUACAGCUGUGAUAUGCCAUGAACUUGUCCUUGGCCUGGCGUACUUGCACGACCUUGGCAUUAUUCAUCGCGACAUCAAGGCGGCCAAUGUCCUGCUUACGCGUGAUGGGCAUGUAAAACUCGCUGAUUUUGGCGUGGCCGCCCAGCUCUUGCAUCGUGGCUCGCGGCGGAACACCUUGGUCGGCUCUCCCUACUGGAUGGCACCGGAGGUCAUUCGGCAGUCGCAGUACGAUGCUCGCGCAGAUAUAUGGUCGCUGGGCAUUACAACGCUGGAAAUGGCUACAGGUCGACCGCCGCUGUCUGAAUACCACCCUAUGCGUGCAAUGUUUCUGAUUCCCAAGGCGACGCCGCCGACCCUCGAUGCGUCGCACUCGCCGUCGAUGGUGCGAUUUGUCGAGCGAUGCUUGGCCAAGCGCAGUAGUGACCGGGCCACGGCGCGGCAACUCACAAAAGACCCAUGGAUCGAGCAGGCGGGCACGUUGCAGUUGGUGCGCGAUAUCAUUGUGGCGCGGGGCGCGCCACCUGUGCCUGUGGCAGGCGACACGUCGCUGUCUCAGCAGGAGGCCUCUGUGCCAGAGCCAAGUGACCACAGUGAAUGGCAAUUUGACUUGUCGCCCAAUGUGUCAGCCGUGCUAGGCCUUGAUGUCGAGUCGUCUCUCGCCCAAGGCCCGCCUUCGCGCAAUACGGCACAGAAUGUCCUCACCUCGCCCUCGGCAGAGGCGGAAGGUGCGACGAACGAGGUAGUGCCACGAGCCGUGACGCCGCCGACCACGACAGCUACGCCUUCGUCCACGGCACGUACGCCUAUGGCAUCGCCCAGCAAAGCUAAUGUAGCACGCUCGCCGCAUCUACAUCGCCCCAUGACGACGCAGUCCCACGUCCAGCAGGUGCUGGAGCAGCUUGCGUACCAAGCCGGACAAGAUACAGAGUCAGACACGGCCAGUACGCUCAUCCACCAACUGCACUCGCUGCUGAGUCACAUGGGCCGCCAAUGCCCCGAGUACUUGGAGCAGUUUAUUGCAAUGCUUGGGGAUCAAACACCGCUACGUGACGUGGACGCACCGCGGAUUCCUGCCGCUCGCUCCCGCUUGGCCUCCCUGCUGUAUGCGCGAUGGCUCGAAGGGCUACGCAGUCGAUGGAAUGUAUUAGACCAUUAA